GAAGCCGCGCGAGAGCGGGCCGCGGGGUGCGUGAGCCGGCGCCGCCGCGUGACGUACGCGGCGCGGGAGCCGCCCCUCCCGCACGGAGGAGUCAGCCGGCCGCCCGCCGCGGCGGCCUCUGGAGCCACAAUGGACACAGCUAGCCAUAGCCUUGUCCUUCUGCAGCAGCUGAACAUGCAGCGAGAAUUUGGUUUUCUGUGUGAUUGCACAGUUGCUAUUGGAGAUGUCUACUUCAAAGCCCACAGAGCAGUGCUUGCUGCUUUUUCUAACUAUUUCAAGAUGAUAUUUAUUCACCAAACAAGUGAAUGCAUAAAAAUACAACCAACUGACAUCCAACCUGACAUAUUCAGCUAUUUGUUGCACAUUAUGUACACGGGGAAAGGGCCAAAACAGAUUGUGGAUCAUAGUCGUUUGGAGGAAGGGAUUCGAUUUCUUCACGCCGACUACCUUUCUCACAUUGCGACUGAAAUGAAUCAAGUGUUCUCACCAGAGACUGUGCAGUCCUCAAAUUUAUAUGGCAUUCAGAUCUCAACGACCCAAAAAACAGCUGUCAAACAAGGGCUGGAGGUCAAGGAAGCUCCUUCCAAUAACAGUGGAAAUAGAGCUGCUGUCCAGGGUGACCACCCCCAGUUGCAGCUCUCUCUUGCUAUUGGGCUGGAUGAUGGCACUGCAGACCAGCAGAGGGCCCAUCCUGCUGCCCAGGCCUUGGAGGAGCACCAGAAGCCUCCCGUGUCCAUCAAGCAGGAGAGAUGUGACCCAGAAUCUGUGAUUUCCCAGAGCCAUCCCUCACCCUCUUCAGAGGUGACAGGCCCCACUUCCACCGAAAGCGGUAUCAAAAUACACCUAUGCCAUUACUGUGGGGAACGUUUUGAUUCCCGUAGUAAUCUGAGACAACAUCUCCAUAACCACGUGUCUGGAUCCCUCCCAUUUGGUGUCCCUGCUUCCAUUCUGGAAAGUAACGACCUUGGUGAAGUGCAUCCACUUAAUGAAAAUAGCGAGGCUCUUGAAUGCCGCAGGCUUAGCUCCUUCAUUGUCAAGGAUAAUGAGCAGCAGCCUGACCACUCAAACCGGGGUACCACAGAGCCUUUGCAGAUCAGUCAAGUGUCUUUGAUCUCCAAAGACACUGAGCCAGUAGAAUUAAACUGUAAUUUUUCUUUUUCAAGGAAAAGAAAAAUCAGCUGUACCAUCUGUGGUCAUAAAUUUCUCCGAAAGAGCCAAUUACUGGAGCACAUGUAUACACACAAAGUAUCAGAAGAUUUUAUAGGCUACCUGGGUUGACAUUAAUUUUCUAAUCAUCACCUGAAAAGGUAAUUUUUCAGUGGCACAAUUUUAACUUUUUUCUGGUCCGUAAAACCAGCAGAGUAGAUAUAGUCAGUGUCCUAGAACUAUGUUUAAAAUCCAUGACAGGGCUUCCCUGGUGGCGCAGUGGUUGAGAGUCCGCCUGCCAAUGCGGGGGACACGGGUUCGAGCCCUGGUCUGGGAAGAUCCCACAUGCCACGGAGCAACUAGGGCGGUGAGCCACAACUACUGAGCCUGCGCGUCUGGAGCCUGUGCUCCGCAACAAGAGAGGGCACGAUAGUGAGAGGCCCGCGCACCGCGAUGAAGAGUGGCCCCCGCUUGCCGCAACUAGAGAAAGCCCUCUCACAGAAACGAAGACACAACACAGCCAAAAAUAAAUAAAUAAAUAAAAUCCAUGACAGCCUUCCCUCUGUGAAUCAACUUAACUCCCUUUUAUAUUGGUGAAACUUACAAAGCUAAAAUUCCAGAAAAAUUAAAAUUGGUGGACUGAAUGAUAGACUCUCCUCCUCUGUGUAGCUGGGAAAUAGCUGGUUAAACUUCACCACAGAGGAUAGACCUAAAUUGUUUCUGAGAUGUUUAAAUUUAAAAUACUAGAUAGUCAAGGAUAACAAAAGAGAGAGGCUUCAGAACAGCCUUAUCUUUUUUUGUAUGCUGCCCUGCUAAAUUCUAAACCUCACAGGUAUUUUAGUAAAUUUAGUAAAUUUGGUUUGUGAAGCUUAGAAUUUAACUACCUACAGAAACUGUUUGAUCUCCUUCCUGACUGCUCACUUCUUCGGGUAUUUCCUGACAUCACAGUUCCUCAACAGGAUCCGAGUUCAGUCAGGAGGUAGCUCAAAGAGAAAUCCAGCUCAUUCUAAGGGCACAAAGGUUUUCUCUGGGUUAUCAGUGAGUUUAGGUGAAUUAUGAACUGAUAAGUUUUUCUUAAGGAGUGAAUGAAGAAAACCAGUGGGCAUUGUCUAAGGUGGUUGAGUUUCUGUCCUAGACAAGGAUGGGGAAGCCUUGUGGGGUCCGGGUUGACAUGUGUUAAGAGCAAAAUCUAAGUAGCUAUUGAUACAGAGUCAGUUGUAUUGGGAGUAGUUAAAACAAAUGUAUUGCUCUUUAGUGUCAGAGCUUCAUCUAAUCUUAUACUUAAAUCAUUUAAGUAAUUAUUUAAACUCAUACUGUCCUCGAAGACUUCAUCUCAUAGGAUGAACACAAAUAUUAACAUUGAUUUCAUGUAUCUUAGGCUAUUCUAGAUAUAUUCCCUAGCCUUCUUCAAGUAAAAUCUUAUUUUUCUCAUUUAGAUAAAAAUUUUCCUGAUUUUUCUCUUCUGUUUUCUUUCCUACUUGCUCAGUCAUUAGUCAUUGACACAAAAAAGUGUGUAUAGCUAAAGGGUGGAAGUAAGUGUGCAUAUGAAUUGUGGUGUAGGGCAGCAGUUCAGGGCAGAGUCUGGAUGUGGCAAAAGUUUGCUUUUGGCUGACUGUCCAUGAUAGACAACAUUAACUUAAAGCAGAGAUAUAUCUACUUUUGUUGGGUGUUAAGAAAAGAGUGCUUAACUGUAUUUUUAUUCUUAUUCGUAAAGUUCCUUUUAAUAUUAGGAAUUCAAAGCAGAUGUUCUUUCCUUCAUCUUCACAGUGUUCUGUCUGUAAUAGGAAGUGGGAAAAUGAUUACUCCAUUUUAUAGGAAAAAAUCCCAAAACUUGGGUUCCAGAGAGCCAGUGAAUAGUGGUGUGGGGAAUGACCCCAGUUUUAUCUUUUUCAUUCAUUCAACAGGAAUAUUUUUAAAAUAGCUGUUUUAUGACUAGCACUGUGCCCUGAGUGUAUUUUUUUAAGACAUGAUUCCUCACUAAGAAAAAUCUACCUUGUAUAAAAAAGUCCUUCCAGCAAAACCCUUUAGUUUUGACUACAUCAUUUGUAAAAUGGAGCUAUUAUCUUAGCCAUAUAGUAUGGUUUGCAUGAUGAUCACCAAACUCUUAAAACUGGAAAUGCCGUGUACACCUUAAUGUAUUGGGCAAGUACUAGACAGACAUUUCCCCUUUGGAUCAGCUUAGAAUUUUCCCUUCUUUCUAGAUCCCACAUAUAGUUGUUCUCUGGAGGAAAACAGACUGUUUCAGUAUUUGUCCUUAUUAGCCUAUUGUCAGAACUCAGUAUCUGAUAAGUGCAGUCUGCCUUAUAAGAAAACGAAAAUUUCUUGUUUUAUCUCUUGAGAUUAUUAUCUCUUUCUCUGAUUUUCUGAUUUCCCAUCUGUAAAGUGUCUAUAAGCAAUCCCUACCUCACAGGGGUGUUGUGAGGAUUUGUAUUAAAACUGUGUUAAGUUCUAUCAGUAUUAUUGGUAAAAACCAACCAUAUAAAGAAAACUACAUUCUACAUGUUUUCUGCAGCUAAACCUAUUAACUUUAGUAUUCCAACUCAUAAAUUCUAGAAUGUCUUAGAAGCAGUCAUGUACUAUUUAAUACUCAAUAAUUAAUUGGCAGAAUUCUUAUUUUUUGUUUACAAAUACUCUAGAAACAGCAGUGUUGCUAGAAUUCCUAUUCUACCUACCAUAGUUUAACCAUCAGUAUUUCUCUUCAGCCUUUAACAAGGAGGAUAUUAAUUCUUUGGUGUUAUUGGGAAUGAAACCUUGCCAAGUUCAACUUUAUUUAAAGUUCCCCCAAACAUAUUGUUUACAUAUAGGAAAAGGAACAAAAGCAAUGGAGAAAAUACCAUUUUCAUUUCUUUGAUGUAGGUCAUCUAAUAGAUGGAGACCAGAAAUGUAGCAGGGCGAAUAACCGAGUAAUUCAUUAUGUUUUGUCAAAAUAGUAAGGCUUCACUUAAAACUGAAGGAAAUACAUAUUAAUCAUGGAAGAAGAUAGUCUGGAAAAUGUAUAAUUCCACCGAUGUUUAUUUGCACAGGCUAAUUCUUGAUGUUGUAACUCAGAUCCUUGAGAAGUAUCCAUUUUUUUGUAGUAAUUGAGGUAAAAAUAGGCCAUGUGAAGAAUUUUCAUAAUGUAACUUGUAUCUUUGUAUGUUUUAAACUAAAUGUAGCUCUAUGGUAUUUUAUUAUAAAUUUUUGAAUUCCUAAGAAUGAAAUCUGUACGUUUUUAUUCUUUGCUGUACUUCUGUGUUUGUAUGGUUGGACUUUUUUGAAAACUGGUAAGAUUAUAUAGUCCUAUGCCUGGCUGUCUUAAAUAUAAGGAAUUACAAACUGAUUUUUGUCUUCAAGACCUGGAAGAAUCCUUUGUGCUUCAGUGUAUAUCUGUGCCACACUUGAUUAAUUAGUAGAUAUUGCUCCAAUGCAAUUGAUGUUAACUGUCAUCAACUCUUCUAUUUUGUGCCAAAUAAAGUCAUUUAGUCAGAUUAAAUAAAAUAUCAACUUAAAAUACUUCAAAGAAACUUGUAUUUCAAAAACCUGGACAAAAAAAAAAGGGAAUUCCUUGGCGGUACAGUGGUUAGGAGUCUGCACUUUCACUGCCGAAGGCCUGGGUUUGAUCCCUGGUUGGGGAAUUAAGAUCGCACAAGCUGCACAGCACGGCCAAAAAAAAAGAAAAAAAACCCAAAAACUUGUACAAUGAAAAAGGGCCCCUGAAGAAAUCUUCAAAGUACUAGUAAUAGUAACACAUAAUACAGGAGACUGAAAUCAAUAAUAUAUUGUAUGGUUAAACUCUUCCACCUAAUGUAUUGUGAGUUUGCUUCAGAAACAUUAUUUCAGGAAGUUUCGUAUUCUCCAUUUGGAAUGAAAACUGUGAAUUUCAUGUAUUUUAUCAUGACAAA